AUCGUUAACAGUUAUAUCACAGUACAGGGUAGAUACUCAGUGAAAGCGAUAACUUAUUGUAUUUUGAAAAUGUUUAUGCAAAUACCGUCACCGGAAAAUCGUAGCGUUUCCCCAUACUCGACUUCGCCGUCGCGCGAAAUUCGCGGUUUAAAAUUGUUUCGGGCAAUUAGUAAGAAAUUGGCGAGAAAAUCGCGGGAAGACGUCAACUUUGGAGAGGAUGCAGAUAGUGGUUCCUGCAGUACGGAUUCAUCGUCUUCGACGUCGGCGGGCCGCUUCACGAAAUCAAGGAAAACCAUCAGUUCCGAACUUAUAUCAUCGCCUCAAAGAAUUUCGAGCAGCUCGAGCGACGCUGGAAGUGACACCCAAUCAGUUAAACACAGGCACUCGUCGUCAGUGGAAAACUUCAGAAGGGCCUUCCAGAACCUAACGGUCUCGGCGAGAUCGCAAAGUUGCAGUAAUAGUAAGGAAUCGAAAAAGAAAGCGAAAAAAUCGCCAAAGAAAAUUCUUCGGUCACCGGUUUCGUACACAUACGUUAAGGGAUUAUCGGGAUUACCGACGCAGCGAGUACCUCGAAAUCAAUCGGGGGUUUGUUAUAAUGGGGCCUGCGGUUAUAAUAUUCAGUACAUGUCCAGUUUGCAUCGAUAAACUAAUUGUAAGUCAAGAAUAACAAAAGAUGAAAUGAGCAAUAUGUAGUAUAUGCGCCACCCAUUUCAAAUUCUUGAACGAGUAUAAGACUGGCCUCUGUGCAUCGGACAUGUACAACUACAAUUUACUGUAACAAAUACGUAAUUUUAAGGGUUUUAUAAUGUAAAAAGCUGUAUACAUUUUCUAGCCUGUAAGUAUUUGAUACAAUUAACGUUAAGUGGAAUUUAAAUGAUAGAGGGACACAAUUUGACAGUUAUUACUAUUGUACACCAUUUGCACCAAUUGGCCCUUUGGCAUGGAAAAAAACUACAUUUUAAGGUAAUGCAAAAUCGUUAUAUACAUACAAUAUCUGUGCACCAUCACUUCCCCCUAAUAGUGCCUUUUAGAUUCCUGUU